AUGGCUCUUCAAAGUGAUCAUUUAGAUUUUUCUGGUCUAUUUAAAUUAGAUGUAUUGAUACAUCUAGAUAUUACUACUUACAGUUUUUAUGAAGUGGGUCAUAAAAAGUUUUUUGCCUUUACCAGUGAUAAAGAAUUGGUGUUCAUGUAUAUUAAUCCUCAAUUAGAAAGAUUUGAAAAGAAUUAUGACUGGGAUUUCUUCGACAAUCCAAUUUACUGUAUGUGUUUUGAACCAAGUGGUACAUGGGUGAUAAUUGUUAGUGAACAAAAGGUUCUACUGGUGCCAUAUCUUCCUCUUUUUAUUCCUCAAAACACUUUUGACUAUAAAUGGUCACUAUCAAGAGUUACCGUUUUGCCACUGGGAAAUAUAUCAAAGCCAACGUCACUGGUGUGUUGGUUGACUAAGGAGUCUGAAACUGUAUUGAUUAUUGGAUCAAAGACGGGCACAGUAACAUUUUAUUCUCUAGAUUCGCAAACUAUUGUAGGAGAGUGCAAAGUGCCAGGAGAAAUAACAGACUUGCAGAUAUGUUUUGAUGAUUCUUUGGAUUUGUUAACACUCUUGAUAUCUAUUAGUUCAGCACAACAGUGUAAGUUGGUGUUGGAGCACCGGUCUUUUGGCUACAACUGGCUGCAACAAACUCGGGCACAGAAUGAUAAAGAUAAAAGAGACAGCUUCAUGUCUUACAUCAAGCAGUUGUCCAAGGAUAAAAUAACUUUCUUUAUACAGGGUGGUUCCAAAGAUGAUAAUAAGUCACAAACAGUGGAAUAUGUGUUGAAGCCAACAGAGUAUUUGCCUCUAUUUCGUAAAGGGUCCAACAACUGGGCAUUAACAGCACAAUAUGUAAAUGGUAGACAUUUCUUGACAGCCUUCGAGUUAACUGAAGGAACACUAAUUUUAGAAAGUCCAGAAGAAGAUACCCCUUCAAGAACUCUAAGGCCUCAUAUUAAAAAGGAUGGUUUAUACAUACAGGGUCUAUGGUCACAGAGGAUAAUAUACCUAGUGAGAAAGAAAGAAAUAGAAGUGCACUCAGCUAGUUUUUCUGUUAUUCAGGGUGAAGCUCUAUUGGGUGCUAAAAGGGACACUUCAGAACUCUGGCGAGCGGAAUUAAUCGGUGAUGUGAAACGAGCACACUUGAUGUCAGCUCGCGAGCCUCCCGCCAUGUCCGGCGGAUGGCGGGAGCCGACCUUUAUGUGUGACUUGCAAUUGCCACGGUUCAGUCUCGAGUCUUGUCUUAUAGUCACCAAUAAAGGAGUCUACAUUUUGAAUACAGUGAGUGAAGCCUGCGAAUGGUUAGUCGGUGUGAUAAUGCGCGGCGGUGUGGGCGCAGAACAAUCUUGCGCCGCACUAGGGGCGCCCUUACCCGCAUUGCUACGUGCCGCCGCGGACAUGCUACUGUCUCGAGGAAAGAUGCAGCCUGCUUUGUACCUGUAUUCAUUGUCACAAAGUCAGCCAGACGGAUGGGUUGCUCGUCUUGGAGUAUUCGGUAGACUUAACGAGUUAGCAGUUUACAAACAGACUGGCAAUAUAGGUAGUCUUGGCGACGCUGCUAUAACUGUCAAACUUUUAGCUUCACUGCUAAACAUGACUGUUGAUAACCAGGAUAACUUUGAUACUGACGUCAAGUUAACAGCAUUGAGUCCAAUAGAAUUACUAGAGCUAUCGUCUUUCGCUGCCUCAGUGGGACUUUGGGACAUGCUACCAAUGUUCAGUAUUCAUCGCGGGUAUCCAAACUUGUUACUAUCGGCCUUAAAGUCCCGGAGUGAUAUCUGUCGUGGUGCCAUCAACUGCCUAUUGGGACAACGGUGCUUGGUACCUUUAUUGCUAGAAGAAAAUGGACAAUGGCUCUUUGACUACAUCGUUGAAAACUGUAAAAAGUUCGAUACUACUAUUUUGAAGUGUCUAUCACUAUGGUUGAACCCAUUACAAGAUCAGUUACGACCAGUAAUGCGUGAUUUGAAACAAGGAAUAACUUCGAUUUAUACGACAAGGUUGCAGCAAUUGAUAGCCACAUUUAUACACAUUGUAUGUGUCAUAGACGCAAGGGAUCCAUGUCCAGAAAUACAUUUAGAAGUUACACAAACUCCCGAGACUUGGAAGAAUCAGUUUACUCCCAAAAGAGGUUUAAGUUGUGGACUGGCUCAUUGGGCAGUGGUGGAUGAAGGAAACGCGAAGAUAAUGAUGACAAAUACACCGAUAAACACGGAAUUGAUCGGGAGAGUCAUUGAUGUGGCGUGCGGCAGACAUCAUACGUUGGUGUUGACGGAAAAUGGGAUAUACGCGGCUGGCGACAAUUCGUUCGGUCAGCUAGGCGUGGGCGCGGCGUGGAGUGGCGGUGUGGGCGAGGCGGCCGUGUCCAGCGGCGCACUGCGGCCCACCGCGGGGAACUUCACCGCGCCACUCCUUGCACUGGCUGCGGGACACUAUCAUUCAGCGGCACUUGAUGUCGGUGGACGACUAUAUACUUGGGGAUGGGGUGUCCACGGCCAGCUGUGUCAUGGCACCAUUGAUGACGAGUGGACACCAAAGUUAGUCACAAAGUUCCAAGGUAGAAAGGUACUAAGUGUGGGAUGCGGUGCCUGUCAUACAGUGGUAUUAAUGAAGAACGGCGAGGUAUGGGCGAGCGGUGCCGGAGUGUUCGGUCAGCUCGCCACUGGAGGCCGACACAAGUCCUCCGUACCUGUACGCGUGCGAUUACAAGAUCCUGCUAAAUCCAUCGCUGUUGGAUACUUCCAUAACUUGGCGUUAACAAGUAAAGGUGAGGUGUGGAUAUGGGGAGCGAGUCCCCAACAAGUCCGAGCUGCGGCGGCGCGGCGUCAAGCGGAGCCUUCACCCGACUUACCAGCACCGACCUCGCCUACCGCGCCUACAGCACAACCCGACCCACAUCUACUGCCAUACCGGCUUGAUACUACUCAUAUACGCGGGGAAAUUGUACAGAUGGCGGCCGGUUGGCAUCACUCAUGCUUACUAAAUAAUGUUGGUACGUUGUACACUUGGGGUCUCAACUUCGAUGGACAGUUAGGAAGUGGAGACCGAAAGCAAAUCACGAUUCCUACUGAAGUAAAAAUGGUCACUGACUCUCAAACAGAUAUUGUUAAAAAUAACACCGCUAAAACACCAGACAAUGAAAUAAAAGAUUUUAAAACGAGUGCCCUGGUAGCUUGUGGAGGGGACUUCACCGUUUAUAUUGACAACGAUGGCAAAAUAUUUGCAUCUGGUAACACUCACCUGCAGCCGCACAGCGAAAAGGACAAAGGAGGCAACCGCGUUAUAAUGAUGAAAACAACAAAACGUGUUAUUAAAAUCCCAGCGAGCCGCAGCAGCAACAAAUUCUUGUUCCAACCUAUUGACAGAAUCGAUAUCAUGUUUCCCUUCGAUAUCGAAGAUUUACAAAGGAACCCAAUUGAAGCCAGACUAAACCCACUAGCUUCCAUGACAGAUUUCAAAAAGAAAUCGUGGGCUGACGAUAUGAUCCUCAUACUGAAACCUUGGCUGAACAAGGACAAUUUCAAAGACAAUCUAAAUUUAGCGGCCAAAUUCGCGUACCAUAACAAAAUAUACUCAGAAUGCUUAAGGUUGUUAUUAGAUCACUUAAAAUGUGAAGUACAAGAUGAUCAAACAUAUGUUACACAUACUACUAUAGAAGAAAAUGGAGAAGCGAAUAAGCCAGCUACUUCUUCUACACAAGAACAACUUAAGUUGGCAAUAAAAAGCAUUAUGGCGAAUCGUAUCAAAGAAGUGUCAAUGUCUAUUCUCAAUGAAGUGCCGUAUCCGCUGAUAGAUCCUUCUGUUUUCAAAACUCUGCCUUGUUGUUGUGAUGAAUUAAAAUAUCGCAAGAAAGGAGCAUCUUCGAAAACGACAGUCAACUUACCAGAAAUUGACAUUUCUGUAAAAGCAGCUGAGAUAAUAGACAAAUGUAUGAGUAUCUUCCCUGUAGAUACAGAGCUGUGGGAAUUAUGCUUCCGACUUUCUAAAAAUUACUUCUUAGAAAAUCAUUUGUCUAUAUCAAAACUGGAGGUUGUGUUGCGUAAGUAUAUGGAAUCUAACGCCACAACGAUGGCAGCCGCCAUCAUGUACUCGAACGAUUGUAACCAAUACAGCAAAAUACUAUCGCCAACAUUUUACUUGAAUAUGUGCAAUCAAGUUUUGAAUACUUGGGGUUGA